ACAGCAGAUGCGCAGGGUGGCCAGAGGUGAGCCAGAGUCAACUCGGCCUGGGCCUGGCUGGGUGAGACUCUUGCCACCCACUCCCCGGGAGCACUGGCGGCCAUGGCCCUGGCCCAGCAGCUGCGGGCUGAGAGCGACUUUGAACAGCUUCCCGACGACAUCGCCAUCUCGGCCAACAUCGCCGACAUCGAGGAGAAGAGGGGCUUCACCAGCUAUUUUGUUUUCGUCAUCGAGGUGAAGACCAAAGGGGGAUCCAAGUACCUCAUCUACCGCCGCUACCGCCAGUUCCACGCCUUGCAGAGCAAGCUGGAGGAGCGGUUUGGGCCGGAGAACAAGAGCAACCCCUUCACCUGCAGCCUGCCCACGCUCCCAGCCAAAGUCUAUGUGGGUGUGAAACAGGAGAUCGCAGAGAUGCGGAUACCUGCCCUCAAUGCCUACAUGAAGAGCCUCCUCAGCCUGCCCAUCUGGGUGCUGAUGGACGAGGACGUCCGGAUCUUCUUCUACCAGUCGCCCUAUGACUCGGAGCAGGUGCCCCAGGCGCUGCGCCGGCUCCGGCCGCGCACCCGGAAGGUCAAGAACGAGUCUCCCCAAGAUGCCAUCUUUGACCGCAUGGCAGCUCCACGAGCAGAGGCCUUGUUUGACUUCACUGGCAACAGCAAACUGGAGCUGAAUUUCAAAGCUGGAGAUGUGAUCAUCCUUCUCAGUCGGAUCAAUAAAGACUGGCUGGAGGGCACAGUCCGGGGAGCCACGGGCAUCUUCCCACAGUCAUUCGUGAAGAUCCUCAAGGACUUCCCGGAGGAGGAAGACCCCACCAACUGGCUGCGCUGCUACUACUACGAAGACACCAUCAGCACCACCAAGGACAUAGCGGUGGAGGAAGACCUCAGCAGCACCCCUCUGUUCAAGGACCUGAUGCAGCUCAUGAGGCGGGAGUUCCAGAGGGAAGACAUCGCCCUGAAUUACCGGGAUGCUCAGGGGGAUCUGGUGCGGCUGCUGUCGGACGAGGACGUGGCGCUCAUGGUGAAGCAGGCCCAAGGUCUCCCCUCCCAGAAGCACCUCUUCCCUUGGAAGCUGCACAUCACCCAGAAGGAUGACUACAGAGUCUACAACACUGUCCCCUGAGCCUAUGGUGUCCCUGGAGCAGGAAGGGCCACUUGGUAAGAAGCCCUCAGAGGAGAUUAGGACCAGGAAAGCCUGGGAACAUGGAACAGACUUCCUGGUUCAAAUCUACGGACCCACUUGGCUUGGCUUGCAUUCUGUCUGUCUGUACACUCGGUCUCAGAUUAAA